ACAGUAGUUUUACCGUUGCAAUGGACUGCAACUGCUACUCUGGAUGCUUUGGGAGUGUCUCUGAUAGUGCAUGAUGCUAGUGGAAACUAUUGCCUGGUCUGCUCCUAGAAGUCUAGGUUUGUAAUCCACAGUGAACAGUCGCUUCAAGUUGUGUUUUGAAGCAAUCAUAAAAUGUCAAAUCAACAUUGGAAACGACCCUCAACCAUUGCCUUUCCAUCCAUUUGGCACAGCUUUAAAGCUAGCGAUCCUUACGACGGACAACCAACAACCUACCGGAUUCAAGAUCUUCCUCCGAACCGAUGGGACGAUGCAAUCGAUCACAUGUGUGAAUAUUUCCUUCGAGAUGAACCAAUUUGUGCUAGUUUGCAGCUGGCUGAUGAUCCAGUAGCAGUACGAGAACUGCGUGCCAUAUGGAGCAAGGUAGUUGAGCAAAAAUGUGCCGUAGUCUGCUUCAAGGAAGAUUCCGAAGAAAUCAUUGCUUUGAACAUGUUAAACGUCGUCAGCAAAGAAUUCCAGGAGCCCAUAGUUCUCAAAAGUCCUACCGCCCGAGUGUUUGUCAACUCCACUUUGCACAUGACGGCGAAAGGUGAUCUUUUCAAUCGGUACGGAGUGGAUCAUUACCUGUCGGCUUGGGGAUUGUCGGUGCAUCCCAAAUUCCGUGGACUCGGACUAGCGACAGAAGUCAUAAGGACUCGAAUUCCGCUGGCCAAAACUUUUGGCUUGGCUCUCAGUGCAACGGUGUUUUCGCAUCCCGGUUCACAGAUUCCGGCAGCAAAAGUUGGAUUCCAGGAUGAGGUCGUGGAAAGUUUCGCCGAUUUGGCUAAGGAGGGUUUCCCGAUUGAAGUCAACGUGGAGUUCAACAAGUUAAUGACUUUGAAAAUAUAAAUUCAACAAUUACAAAUAAAAUCCAGUGAAAAAAAACUUUAAGCUGACGACUGUUAUUAUUCGAAAAUCUAACGGUGUAAAGUUAUUACCUUUUAAACAUUCUUCGGUGGCGCCAUUUAUUGCAAAUCAACUGCUUUCAAUGUAUAUCUAUUUAUUAGCAUUUUCGUUUAUUUAAAACUGGGUCGGAGCCAGUGACAAACUUCAUAAAUAAAUGAUAUCGUAGUCUGGUACUUUGCAUAUAAAUUAUAUGUAUCCUCCCGGGUGAGAAUUUUGUUUGAUUAAGAAGAAAAAGUUUACAACUGAGCCAGUGGAAACUAAACGAAAACGCUAUAUAAUA